AUGGCAACCACGACUGUUCCUCCUCCUACCUACAUGGUCGGUGACUCCCCGCCCUCCUAUGAGGAGGUCGCCAACAAAGUCAACCAGCUGGUGGGCAGUGACGCUACGCCCCAGAAGUAUUUGGACGUCGCGACUUCACUCUCUGAAGAGGAACGAAAAGUUCUCAGCGAUGGAGCCGAGGCCAACAAUCCCAUCAAGACCGAGGAUGAUAAGAGAAAGCUGUCGCUGGGUGCCGCAAAGACCAUGUCCAAGGAGGACACAGUGGCCAAAAUGCAAGAGGACGCAAGUGCUGCGGGCAAGGCAGUCGUGGCGAUUGAUACCUCGUUCACAGCUUUGCAAGUGAAGAUUGCGGAAAUUGAUCAGCUCGAACAGACAAACUUUCUGGUGCAGUUGAAUGACAAUAAAACCAAAUACAACGCUGUUCUCACCACUAGCCGGACUUUGGCAGCCGACAUCAGCCAGUAUGGCUCCAGCUUCGAUAAGUUGAUUAUUCCGCUAUGUUCUGAUGAAAGCCUAACCGUGGAACAACGGUUGGAACAAAUUGAAAAGUUUAUUGCGAGGGCAGAAGGAUUCAGAGCCAAGAGCGAACAGAUCAAUAAAGAUUUCGAUGCUCUAGUCAACGACUUCAUUGUGUUUAAGGCUCAGUUCGCUCAGUGGGGUCAAGAUAAGCAGGGGGAACUGAGGCAGGACAUAGCGGACCUACUUGCAGACAUCGGCGUCUUGAAUGACAAGUUGGCCAAGCUGCGUAUAUCUCUGUUGGCCCUCGGUGUGGGUCUGGGAGCUGGCCUGGCAGCAGCUGGUAUCGGACUUGCCUUGUCGGGACCUGUUGCUCCAUUUAUCUUGAUCGGUGGUCUUAUUUUCGCUGGAGCCACAGCUGCUGCAGUGGCCGGCAUCGCCAUCUCCAUGGGCAUUAUACAAAAUGAGAUUGAUGCGAAAAACCAGCAGGUCAAGGAUAAGAACGCCGAGAUCAAUGCUAUUGAUCAAGCUCGAACAGGCUUGGAGACCUUGGGCGAUGAGCAGUUUACCAUUUUCCAACAAAACGUUAAGGUCCUCCAGAGCUACUGGACCGUGGUGCAGGCCGAUGCAGAACAGAUCAAAGGUUGGCUGCAAGACGGAGCUGAUCUGACGAAUGCACCCUCCUAUAUGCAGGAUUCGCUCAACGAGGCUGUGUCUAUUUACGCAUCUUUGGGCAAGUAUAUGGAUGCGUAUGCCAAGGGCACCACGAUAUAA